GGAGUCAGGAGGACCUGAGGAUGACCUGACACUGCCUGGCUGGGUGGCCCUGGACAAGUCUCUUCACGCUGUCGGCCUCAGUUUCCGCAUCUGUAAAAUGAGCAGGAGGAGGAAACAGCAAAGCACUGCAGUUGUCUGCCAGGAAAUCCCACGUGGGGCCACGGAGAGUCGGACGCGACUGAAACGACUUGAAUAACUACAACAAACGUCCGCAGUCAGUUGGGAGCGACGGGGAGGGAGGCACGAUGAUUUCUCUGCACCCAGCUCGGAACCGCUGAAGAAGGAACCAGGCCAAGAUGAGAACCAACAAGGUGUACAAGCUGGUUAUCCACAAGAAGGGCUUUGGGGGCAGUGAUGAUGAGCUUGUGGUGAACCCCAAAGUGUUCCCCCAGAUCAAGCUGGGGGACAUCGUGGAGAUUGCACACCCCAAUGACGAGUACAGCCCCCUGCUUUUGCAGGUGAAGUCACUGAAGGAAGACCUGCAGAAAGAAACAAUCAGUGUGGAUCAGACAGUGACUCAGGUGUUCCGGCUGAGACCGUAUCAGGAUGUCUACGUGAAUGUCGUUGACCCCAAGGAGGUGACUCUUGACCUGGUGGAACUCACGUUUAAGGACCAGUACAUUGGGCGUGGGGAUAUGUGGAGGCUGAAAAAAAGCUUGGUCAGCACGUGUGCCUACAUCACUCAGAAGGUAGAAUUAGCAGGUAUCCGGGCCCAGGCAGGUGAACUGUGGGUGAAGAGUGAAAAAGUCAUGUGUGGCUACAUCAGUGAAGACACACGGGUGGUGUUCCGUUCAACUUCAGCCAUGGUUUAUAUAUUUAUUCAGAUGAGCUGUGAAAUGUGGGAUUUCGAUAUUUAUGGAGAUUUGUAUUUUGAAAAAGCUGUGAAUGGUUUCCUUGCUGACCUCUUUACCAAGUGGAAGGAGAAGAAUUGUAGCCAUGAAGUGACCGUUGUCCUGUUUUCUAGGACUUUCUAUGACGCAAAAUCGAUCGAUGAGUUUCCUGAAGCACACCGGGCCUCAAUUCGACAGGAUCACGAGGGCAGAUUCUAUGAAGAUUUCUACAAGGUGGUGGUUCAAAAUGAGAGACGAGAAGAGUGGACGUCACUCUUGGUGACCAUUAAGAAGCUCUUUGUCCAGUACCCGGUGCUGGUGCGGCUGGAGCGGGCAGACGGCUUUCCUCAAGGGGACAAUUCUACCUCGGCCCAAGGGAACUACUUAGAGGCCAUUAAUCUGUCCUUCAAUGUGUUUGACAAGCAUUAUAUCAACCGCAAUUUUGACCGGACGGGGCAGAUGUCGGUGGUCAUCACCCCCGGGGUCGGCGUGUUUGAAGUGGACCGGCUUCUCAUGAUCCUGACAAAGCAGCGCAUGAUCGAUAAUGGCAUCGGCGUGGAUUUGGUGUGCAUGGGGGAGCAGCCGCUGCAUGCCGUGCCGCUGUUUAAGCUGCAUAAUCGAAGCGGGCCUCGGGACUCUCGGCUCGGAGAUGACUACAACAUCCCUCACUGGAUCAACCAUAGCUUCUAUACCUCCAAGAGUCAGCAUCUCUGUAACAGCUUCACCCCACGGAUCAAGCUGGCUGGAAGGAAGCCUGCGACUGAAAAGGCAAAAAAUGGCCGGGAUACCUCCAUCGGGACCCCAAAGGAGUCGGAGAAUGCCCUGCCUAUCCAGGUGGAUUACGACGCUUAUGACGCCCAAGUGUUCAGGCUGCCUGGCCCGGCCCGCGCCCAGCGCCUCACCACCUUCAGGGCCGUGAGGGAGCGAGAGAGUCAUGCCCGGAAGAGCUCCAGCUCCUUUGACGUGUCCUCCAGCCCGUCUGUUCAGAGUCGUACCCUGCCCCCCGAGGAGGUGAGGAGCCAGGCCUCGGACGACAGCUCUCUGGGCAAGGGCUCCCACAUCCUGAUGAUCCCCCACACGCACAUCCAUCAGUAUGACGUCAGCAGCUCCCUGGGCUACCCCAGCACGCGAGAUGUCCUGGAGAACAUGAUGGAGACGCAGCAGCGGGACUCGAGUGCCCCGGGGAGGUUCCAUGUGGGCAGUGCCGAGUCCAUGUUGCACAUCCGGCCCGGCGGCUACACGCCCCAGCGAGCUCUGAUCAACCCCUUUGCACCGUCUCGCAUGCCCAUGAAGCUGACCUCCAACAGAAGGAGGUGGAUGCACACCUUCCCCGUGGGUCCGUCUGGAGAAGCCAUCCAAAUCCAUCACCAGACUCGGCAGAACAUGGCCGAGCUCCAGGGCCGGGGGCAGCGGGAGCUGACUCACUCGUCCGCGGAGCUGCUGGAGCUGGCGUAUCAUGAAGCUGCUGGAAGGAAGAACACAAGUCUCAGCAGAGGCGUGGGUAGUGGCGGCCGUGCUGGCUGGGCUCCUGUGCCCCCGCACCCUGGCUGGCAGGCUUCACCACCAGGCCCUGGAAUCAGGCACCUCCCUUCCCGCCAGCCUGGGGACAGCGCGUCCUUCCUGAAUUUCAGUGGAACGAGCGAGUUUUCUGCCCGCCUCGUGAGCAGCAGCGGCGGAGGAUCCAAAGCCCAGAGCAAGGACUCCCUGGAAGACAGCGCAGCUGCCUCUUCAGGUCCAAUUCUGACGCUGUCUGCUCCCCCUGUAGUGCCAGGCUUCUGUUGCACAGUCGGAGUGGACUGGAAGUCUCUCACUACUCCGGCGUGCCUCCCCCUCACCACCGACUACUUCCCAGACCGCCAGGGCCUCCAGAAUGACUACACCGAAGGCUGUUAUGAUCUCCUCCCGGAGGCAGACAUGGACAGGAGGGAUGAGGAGGGCGUGCAGAUGACCGCCCAGCAAGUGUUUGAGGAGUUCAUCUGCCAACGUCUCAUGCAGGGCUACCAGAUCAUAGUGCAGCCCAAACCGCAGAAGCCCACCCCGGCUGUGGCGCCUCCCCUGAGCAGCAGCCCCCUCUACAGCCGCGGCCUUGUGUCUCGGAAUCGUCCCGAGGAGGAAGACCAGUACUGGCUGAGUAUGGGCCGCACUUUCCACAAAGUGACGCUGAAGGACAAGAUCAUUACCGUCACCCGAUACCUGCCCAAGUAUCCCUAUGAGUCUGCCCAGAUCAGCUACACCUACAGCCUGUGCCCCUCCCACUCGGACUCCGAGUUUGUCUCCUGCUGGGUGGAAUUCUCCCACGAGCGCCUGGAGGAAUACAAGUGGAAUUACCUGGAUCAGUACAUCUGCUCGGCGGGCUCCGAAGACUUCAGUUUAAUCGAAUCACUGAAAUUCUGGAGAACACGCUUCCUGCUGCUCCCCGCGUGCGUCACAGCCACCAAACGCAUCACUGAAGGCGAGGCACACUGUGACAUCUACGGGGACAAGCCACGCUCGGAUGAGGAAGAGUGGCAGCUCUUAGAUGGCUUUAUCCGCUUCAUGGAGGGCUUGAACCGCAUCCGGCGGCGGCAUCGCUCGGACCGCAUGAUACGGAAAGGGGCAGGCAUGAAGGGCUUGCAGAUGGCCGGCCCCCUCCCUGCCCACUCCCUGGAGCCCGCGGGGCCCCCGGUUGGAAAGAAGGGGACAUCGGCCCUCUCGGCGUUGCUGGAGAUGGAGGCCAGUCAGAAGUGCUUGGGAGAACAGCAGGCCAGUCUGCAUGCUGGCAAAGGCCCCGCUCAUCCAGCAGAGAACAGCAGCGUGGCUCUCACGCCAACCUACCUGGACAGCCCCCGAAAGGAGGGGGCCUUCUUUACGGAGUCUGUCCGCAGCCCGCGUAUGGCACCAUCCACCUUCUAUCCCCAGGUCUCAGUGGAUCAGAGCGCUGCUCCAGCCUUGGAUGGCACAAGCCUGGGGAUCAGCAUGGGCCAGCCUGCAGACCGAGGUGGCGCGCAGGCCGCUGGGGAGCAGGGCUACCCACCGGCCAAUCCCAGCGACAGCAGCUCCCAACAGUUCCCUGCCAGCUCGCUGACGACCUCCUCCACCCUGCUGGAGAUCCUGGAGGCCAUGAAGCACCCCUCAACAGGAGUCCAGCUGCUUUCGGAGCAGAAGGGCCUCUCCUCGUCCUGUUUCAUCAGCGCUGAGGUCGUGCACUGGCUGGUGAACAGCGUGGAGGGCAUACAGACCCAAGCCAUGGCCAGUGACAUCAUGCAGAAAAUGCUGGAGGAGCAGCUUAUCACUCACGCCUCGGGGGAAGCCUUGCGCACCUUCAUCUACGGCUUCUACUUCUACAAGAUCGUGGCCGACAGGGAAACCGACCGAGUGGGCCUGCAGCAGUCCGCCCCCUGGCACACGGCGGCCAUGGACGACUUCACAGCUUUCCAGCGGAAGUGGUUUGAAGUGGCUUUUGUGGCCGAGGAGCCCCUGCACUCGGAGAUCCCCGCCUUCCUGCUGCCCUGGCUGCCCAGCCGCCCCGCGUCCUAUGCCAGCCGACACAGCUCCUUUAGCCGCAGCUUCGGUGGGAGGAGCCAGGCCGCCGCGCUCCUGGCGGCCACUGUGCCCGAGCAGAGGACGGUGACCCUGGAUGUGGACGUGAACAACCGCACGGACCGCCUGGAGUGGUGCAGCUGUUAUUACCAUGGCAACUUCUCUCUGAACGCUGCCUUCGAGAUCAAGCUGCACUGGAUGGCGGUGACGGCUGCUGUGCUCUUCGAGAUGGUCCAGGGUUGGCACCGCAAGGCCACUUCCUGUGGCUUCUUGCUGGUUCCGGUUCUGGAAGGCCCGUUUGCCUUGCCCAGUUACCUGUAUGGAGACCCGCUGAGAGCCCAGCUGUUUAUCCCACUCAACAUCAGCUGCUUGGUGAAGGAGGGCAGUGAGCACCUGUUUGAUAGCUUUGAGCCAGAAACGUACUGGGAUCGCAUGCAUCUCUUCCAGGAAGCCAUUGCUCACAGGUUUGGAUUCGUGCAGGACAAAUAUUCUGCUUCUGCCUUCAACUUUCCUUCUGAGAACAAACCACAGUACAUCCACGUCACAGGGACCGUCUUCCUGCAGCUGCCCUACUCCAAGCGCAAAUUCUCAGGCCAGCAACGGCGCAGGCGUAACUCUACCAGCUCCACGGGCCAGAACGUAUUCUGCGAGGAGCGCGUCGGCUACAACUGGGCCUACAACACCAUGCUGACCAAGACCUGGCGCUCCAGCGCCACGGGGGACGAGAAGUUUGCCGACAGGCUGCUCAAGGACUUCAGCGACUUUUGUGUCAACCGCGACAACCGCCUGGUGGUGUUCUGGGCCAGCUGUAUGGAGAAGAUGCAUGCCAGCGCACCCUGAGGUGCCCGGACCAGGAGGCUGAGCAGCCUUGAGCCAGCGCUCUGAGACUAGGCACACCCGGAGCUGCUGGGACGGUGCCACCCUAGCCUUGGCACCUGGGGCCGAGGCAUGGUUGUGGGGUGAGGAAGCAGAGACUAGGCAAGGGGGUUGCCCUGCCCCACUGUGCGCCAUGAGAUAGCCACAGCAAAGGCUUUGUGUGGCCUCCUUUAUCAAGGGGUGUAAGAUAAUCCUGUGAAAUAAUGUAUCAUAUGUCAACAUUCGUUGUACAUACGUGUAAAUACAGAAAAGAGAAAUAAAAAUCUAAGGCAG